AUGGCGAUGAGCAUCCAAGUUAGAGCCUCCACCGGUUCAGCUUUGCCAUGGAAAUACGACGUGUUUUUGAGCUUCAGAGGCGCAGACACCCGCAAGGGCUUCACAGAUUACUUAUACAAAGAGUUGCAGCGGCAAGGAAUCAUGACGUUCAGGGACGAUCCACAACUUGAAAGAGGCACGGUCAUCUCUCCGGAGCUACUCACUGCAAUCGAGCAAUCCAGGUUUGCGGUCGUUGUUCUUUCGCCAAAGUACGCAACUUCUACGUGGUGCUUGCUUGAACUGUCUAAGAUUCUUGAAUGCAUGGAAGAGAGAGGGGCAAUUCUGCCAAUAUUUUAUGAGGUGGAACCCUCUCACGUUAGACACCAAAGGGGCAGCUUUGCUGAAGCGUUUGAAGAACACGAAGAGAAGUUUGGAGAAGGAAAUAAGGAGGUGGAAGGGUGGAGAGAUGCUUUAACCAAAGUGGCCAAUCUUGCUGGGUGGAGUUCAAAGGAAUAUAGGUAUGAAACAGUGCUUAUCAGAGAGAUUGUGCAAGUACUGUGGAGCAAAGUGCAUCCUAGUCUCACUGUAUUUGGUUCCUCAGAGAAGUUAUUUGGAAUGGAUACUAAGCUGGAGGAAAUAGAUGUUCUUUUAGAUAAAGAAGCAAAUGAUGUUCGCUUUAUAGGGAUAUGGGGGAUGGGUGGUCUUGGUAAGACAACCCUUGCUAGACUAGUUUAUGAGAAAAUCGCUCAUCAAUUUGAAGUUUAUAUCUUUCUUGCUGAUGUCAGAGAGGUUUCCGCAACCCAUGGUCUAGUUUAUCUACAGAAACAGAUUCUUUCCCAAAUCUUGAAGGAAGAAAAUGUUCAAGUAUGGGACGUUUAUAGUGGAAUCACUAUGAUAAAGAGAUGUUUUUGUAAUAAAGCGGUUCUUCUAGUUCUUGAUGAUGUGGAUCAACUAGAGCAACUGGAAAAAUUGGUGGGAGAAAGAGACUGGUUUGGUUCAAGAAGUAGAAUCAUCAUUACAACUAGAGAUCGGCAUGUCCUAGUCACACAUGGUGUAGAAAAACCAUACGAGUUGAAGACACUAAACGAAAAUGAAGCUCUUGAGCUCUUUAGUUGGAAAGCCUUUAGGAAAUAUGAGCCUGAUAUAGAUUAUGCAGAACAGUCUAAGAGUUUUGUUAGGUAUGCUGGAGGUCUUCCCUUAGCUCUUAAAAUUUUGGGGUCUUUCUUAUACCAAAGGAGUCCAGAUGCAUGGAAUUCUGCAUUGCAAAAACUACAACAAACUCCCGACCGAAGAGUUUUUGAAAUACUGAAAAUAAGUUUUGAUGGACUUGAUGAGAUGGACAAGAAAAUUUUUCUGGACAUUGCUUGUUUUCACAGGCUGUAUGACAACGAGUCUAUGAUUGAACUUGCAUACAGCUCUGAAUUUUGCACUCGUAUUACAAUAGAUGUUCUUGUUGAGAAAUCUCUCUUAACUAUUUCAUUAAACAAUAGAAUAGGUAUACAUGAUUCGAUACGAGAAAUGGGAUGUGAAAUUGUUCGCCAAGAGUCUUAUGAAGAGCCUGGCAGACGCAGUCGGUUGUGGCUUCGGAAUGACAUUUUUCAUGUAUUCACAAAGAAUACGGGAACAGAAGCCAUUGAAGGCAUAUUGUUACACUUGGCUGAAUUAGAAGAGGCAGAUUGGAAUCUUGAGGCCUUCUCUAAAAUGCAUAAACUGAAGCUGCUCUACAUUCAUAAUUUAAAGCUUUCUCUUGGCCCCAAAUAUCUUCCUAAUGACUUGAUAUUUCUGAAUUGGAGUUGGUAUCCUUCAAAAUCUCUCCCACCAGCUUUUCAACCGGAUGACCUUACUGAACUUAGUUUGGUGCAUAGCAAUAUUGAUCACCUCUGGAAUGGAAUAAAAUACUUGAGCAAGUUGAAAUCUAUCGAUCUUAGUUACUCCGUAAACUUGACAAGGACCCCAGAUUUCACAGGUACUCCAAAUCUUGAGAAGUUGGUUCUUGUAGGUUGUACGAGUUUAUUUAAGAUCCAUCCAUCCAUUGCACUGCUCAAGAGACUCAAAAUUUGGAAUUUUAGAGACUGCAAAAGUAUCAAGAGUCUACCGAGUGAAGUGCAUAUGGAGUUUCUUGAAAUAUUUGAUGUAUCUGGCUGCUCAAAGCUGAAAAGGAUUCCAGAAUUUGUGGGGCAAACGAAAAGAUUAUCAAAGCUAUCUUUAGGUGGGAUUGCUGUUGAGAAACUGCCUUCAUCAAUUGAGUUAUUGGGUGAGAGUCUGGUGAAGCUUGAUUUGAAUGGAAUUGUUAUAAGAGAGCAGCCGUACUCCCUUUUUCUUAAGCUGCAGAAUCUCAUGGUAUCAUCUUUUGGCUUCUUUCCAAGAAAGAGUCCUCACCCUUUAAUUCCUCUGUUAGCUUCCUUGAAGCAUUUCUCUUCUUUGAGGAAAUUAAAUCUGAACGACUGUAAUCUCUGUGAAGGAGAUAUUCCCAACGAACUUGGUUCUCUGUCCUCCUUAGAGAGCUUGGAACUCAGAGGAAACAAUUUUGUAACUCUUCCGAGCAUUCAUUUGCUUUCUAAGCUUAGAAGGAUUAAUGUAAGGAAUUGCAAAAGGCUUCAACAAUUGCCAGAACUUCCGGUAAAUGACCACUUAGAUGUGCUGCGAGCCGACAAUUGUACUUCGUUACAAGUGUUUCCAGAACCACCAGAUUUGUGCUUGAGUUCGGUCGCUUAUCAAUCCACUUUUACUCUCACUGGCAUCAAUUGCUUGAGUACGGUCGCUAAUCAAGAUUCUGGUUAUUUUUUGUAUUCAGCGCUAAAGCGGUUGCUUGAGGAUGCCUCUCGUUUUAGCAAUCAUUUCUAUUUCGUAAUUCCUGGAAGUGAAAUUCCUGAGUGGUUCAAAAAUAAUCAUAGUGUGGGAGGCUCGGUAAUUGAGAAGUUACAUUUGGAUGCAAGUAAUAGCAAGUUUAUUGGGUUUGCUGUAUGUGCUCUAUUUCUGCCUCGAGACAAUCCGUCUGAUGCGUUUAGCUUUACUUGGUACAAUUAUAGUACCGGUGCUUGUUUAGGAGGGUUUAGUUUCUAUAUAUAUCCAGGUUUUUCAGAUCACCUUAUGUUUGCUGUUUUGCCCAAAUGCCGUUUUGAGGACACAAAGGAGGUGAAGUUUGUCUUUGAAAUCUAUUCAUUGGGAUGCACAAAGGAGGUGAAGCAAUGUGGGGCCCGUGCACUGUACGAGCACGACAUGGAACAGUUGAUCAGUAGAAUGAACCAAUCCAAGUGCAACAUUUCUCUUUACGAGGCUACGGAUGAACAAGAAGGUGCCAUGGUUAAGGCAACAACAAGCAGAAGCGGUGGCUCCGACGACGAAUAUUACUCUGCAGAAGAAUGA